AUAAACACAGGAAAACUCGCUUGGAUGACAGAUACUGGAAGAGCCGCAGGAACUGUCUAAUCUCGGACCUUUCAGUUUGUCAGGCCAUGGGUCUGUGUAAGUGCCCCAAGAGGAAGGUGACCAACCUGUUCUGUUUCGAGCACCGAGUCAAUGUGUGCGAACACUGCCUCGUCUCCAAUCACAAUAAGUGCAUUGUACAGUCUUAUCUUCAGUGGCUGCAGGAUAGUGAUUACAACCCAAACUGCAGCCUGUGCAGUAUCCCACUGAACUCCCAGGACACAGUGAGGCUGGUGUGUUAUGAUGUUUUCCAUUGGUCAUGUCUGAACGACCUGGCGUCCCGUUUGCCCCUGUACACCGCUCCGGCGGGAUACCAGUGCCCAACGUGUCAGGGCCCCGUGUUUCCUCCGUCAAACCUGGCCAGUCCCGUGGCAGACAUGCUGAGAGACCAGCUGUCCUCUGUCAACUGGGCCAGAGCAGGGCUGGGCCUCCCACUGAUCGAAGACCCAGCCGAGCCAGAGGAGAGCAUGACACAGGAUGUCACAGAUUACAGCGACUGGUCCGCGUUUGACACCCAGGCUGCAGAGUCAUCUGUAUCUGCCCCCUCCCUCUCCUACACCCCUGAGCCCAGUCUGGUCACAUCCCCUCUUCAUCAGGAGGCCCGACCACUGGUCCACAACAACGGAGGACUGGCCGCCCAUGACCACUCCGUCAUCGACAUGAUUACAGCUACCACAUCCGACACCAUCACCAUCAACACAGCCUCAUCCCCCAGAAAGGUGUAUGACACGCGGGAUUCAGGUCACGCCUCUGUGACACAGAUCGACUUUGACGAUGACAAGUAUCGCCGACGGCCCACGCUCAGCUGGUUUGCACAGAUCCUAAAGAACCGCACGGGCAAUAAGAAACGGGCGCUGACUCUGAAACAGAGGGUGCUGAUGCUGCUCCUGCUGGGCGUGGUUGGCUUCUUCACCCUCAUCAUCAUCAUGGCCAAACUGGGCCGGGCCUCGGCCGAGUCCGACCCGAACCUGGACCCCAUGCUGAACCCAAACAUCCGCGUGGGGAACAUGUGAGCCGGGCUGUCUCCUGCUCCGCUCUGGUGGCAGAGGAGAACGGUUCUGGACUCUGAACUGGGAUGGGUUAUCUGGGUAGAACAGGACCAGAUGGAAGGAUUGGGGGGUUUGGCUUGAUUUUGUCCUUUAGCUGGAGAAGAAAAGAGAGGCCCUCUUCACUAAACAGGCCUCAGACUCUCUGAGUUUACUGCUGCGGGGGCACUAAGCAGGGCCCUUUUCUCCCGACAGCUAAACGACAAAACUGGUUCUCUCAGAGUCCUUUGAUCACAUGCUCUGUAUGAGUGUGUGUGUGUAUAUGAGUGUGUGUGUAUGUGUGUGUGUGCGCGUGUGUAUUCAUGUCCUUUACACGCGUAUGCAUUUCUCUAACACACAGGUUCAGUCCUGAUACACUCAUAGACAUUCAUAGGUGCUGGGAAGGGAGUGGGUUUUCCAGAGUGAUUUUGUUUUUUCUUUUGCAGUACAGUGGUUUGGUAUUCCUGACAACAGCUGCUGUUUUAUAUGUCCUAGUGAUCUGUUACUGUGUCUCUUCACCUGCUGGCAAACAUUAAUCUCCUUCUUCCAUCUCUGAAAAUACAGAAAAUAUCAAGUUCUUGCGUGAGUGUAAAUGUGUGCGCAUGCACGCACGCACACACGCGCACACACACACACACACAGCUGCAUAGGCUGAUGAAGUUUUCUCCAGGACACAGUGGGAUCCCUGACUGACUGAUUUAUUCACAGUAUGAUUAUCACAUAAUUGAUAAUCAGUACAUUAACGUAACGUCUCUGUAUACACAACUCCACAUUCCCUGACGUGGGAGAGCAUCGCUGGCCAUGCUGCACAGAGGUGGAGUCUGCUUUUGAAUUGUCAUAGAAAUGACCAUGUCCAGCCCUCUGUGCAGUGUCACAGAGUACAGACUGUCUAUAUCAGCAUAUUGUCCGUGAUUCAUAUGGUUUUGGAUGUGAUUUGUGUUGGGUUUGUUUGUUUUU